AGUGCAGUUUUCACACUGACACCAGGGACAGCUUUGAAUAAGGGUGGUGCAACAUACAAUAGAGACUGCACCCAUAGAUGCAUUCAGCUUUUUUUACAUGGUUUACUGUCGAAAGCUGCCAUUCACCAAGAUAUUUGGGCUCAGAACACACCUGCUGCAGAUGAGUUCUUCAUAAGGUUCAGAAGUACCAUGCUUCCUCGUUGUGCACUCGGUUUGUGCCAUGUGUUUAUGUUGGUGCUGUGUCUGUCUGCGUCUGAGGACUUCGACUGGACAAAGAACGACCAUGGUUCCUUCCAUUAUGGCACUUUUCCAGCUGGAUUUUCGUGGGGUGCCGGCAGUUCAGCCUACCAAACAGAAGGAGCCUGGGACAAGGACGGAAAAGGACUGAGCAUCUGGGACGUGUUCAGUCAUAAGAAAGACAAAGUUCAACAAAAUAACACUGGGGAUUCCUCCUGUGAGGGCUACUACAAAGUCAAGGAUGAUGUUUCUUUGAUGAAGGAGCUAAAACUGAACCACUAUCGCUUCUCCAUCUCCUGGCCGAGACUCAUCCCCACUGGCAUUAAGUCUGACCACAUCAAUGAAAAGGGAAUACAGUACUAUGAUGAACUGAUUGACCAUCUGCUGGAAAACAACAUCACUCCUAUUGUCACUCUGUAUCACUGGGAUCUUCCUCAGGUCUUACAAGAGAAAUAUGGCGGGUGGCAGAAUAUAAGCAUGGUCACCCACUUCAAUGAGUUUGCUAACCUAUGCUUUGAAAGAUUUGGUAACCGAGUCAAGUAUUGGAUCACUUUCAACAAUCCAUGGUCAGUAGCAGUUGAAGGCUAUGAGACAGGUGAGCAUGCUCCGGGACUUAGACUGAGGGGAACAGGAGCAUACAGAGCUGCUCACCACAUAAUCAAGGCCCAUGCACAAGUAUGGCAUACUUACAAUACGCAAUGGAGGGGGAAACAAAAAGGUCAGGUCGGCAUCUCUCUGUCAGCGGACUGGGGAGAACCAGUGGACAUCAGCAACCAGAAAGACAUAGAAGCAGCUGAGCGAUAUGUCCAAUUCUACCUGGGCUGGUUUGCCACGCCCAUCUUUCAUGGCGACUACCCUCAAGUGAUGAAGGACUUCAUUGGAAGAAAGAGUACACAGCAGGGCCUCGGAGGGUCUCGCCUGCCUACAUUUUCUACCCAGGAGAAGAGUUACAUCAAAGGGACCUGCGACUUCCUUGGCGUCGGCCAUUUCACCACCCGUUACAUCACCCAAAAGAACAACCCAUCAGGCCCCAGCAGCAGCAGCAGCAGCAGCAGCUACUUCACUGACCGUGACCUCGCUGAGCUGGUUGAUCCCCGAUGGCCUGACCCCGGCUCAGAAUGGCUCUACUCUGUGCCCUGGGGAUUCAGACGGCUGCUUAAUUUUAUCAAGAGUCAGUAUGGAAACCCACUGAUUUAUGUGACAGAGAACGGCGUCUCGGAGAAGAUGUUUUGCACAGAGCUUUGCGAUGACUGGAGAAUACAGUAUUACAAGGACUACAUCAAUGAGAUGCUUAAAGCUAUCAAAGACGGGGUCAGUGUGAAGGGCUACACCGCAUGGUCCCUGCUGGACAAGUUUGAGUGGGAUGAAGGCUACUCCGAGAGAUUUGGCUUGUACUAUGUGGACUUCAGGAACAAAAACAAGCCCCGGUAUCCCAAGGCUUCCGUUCAGUUUUACAAACGCAUCAUCAGCUCCAAUGGAUUUCCCAAUCAGAGAGAGGUUGAGAACUGGAGGAAGAAGGCGGUUGAGACCUGUUCCUCUAGCAACCAGCUCCUAGCAGCAGAGGAACAGCGGAGUACUGCUGCCAAUAUUCUAAGACUUAUACAUGACCCCUUGACCAGCCACAUGGAGAUGGUGACAGAGAUUGUUGUUCCCACGGUGUGCACACUUUCAAUACUCCUCUGUGCCAUCUUCCUGAUGUUCCUGUUGCGGAAGCAGAACUAGAAAGCAUGCAUGUUGACAGGAACAUUGACACACAUAAGCACAGAAGUACAGCAACACUUGUAUUGUAAAUGCAUCCUUUCUUUAAUCAACCACGUGUGAAUAUAGAGAAUAUACAGCAUUAUUUGAACUGAAUUAUAAGACUAACUUAAUUGAUUUGAUGUGUACUGUAGUGAGUGUGUGCUAUAAAACAACUGGGUUCUGCUAUAAUAAUAACAACAAUUUAUUAUCAGACACUGCGGAUCGCUCUGCAGCAAUUUGGAAUUUCUUAUUGAAAUACCGCUGUGGAAUAUUACAACUGCAAACAUUUCUUACGAUCACUAUUGAAUACAUCAGUUCAAACCUGACAGAACACAUGACGACUGAAAGUUGUUCAGUGAAAACAUUGACCGAGAUGUCUCGACAGAAAACCCUGGUAUUUCAAAAUGUGUUCAUUGCUAACGAUAACAUCAGAUGUUGAAAUAAACAACUUUGUUCAGA